AAGCACGCAGGCGCGAUGGUGGCUCGGGGGGCAGGGAGGCGGGGCCGCGCAGGCGUUGUGAGAGGCGGUAGCGGUGGCGGCGGCGGCGGUGGUAUCGGCGGCAGCUGUGAGGGGGUUCCGGGAAGAUGGUGCUGAUCAAAGAAUUCCGUGUGGUUUUGCCAUGUUCUGUUCAGGAGUAUCAGGUUGGGCAGCUUUACUCUGUUGCAGAAGCUAGUAAGAAUGAGACUGGUGGUGGAGAAGGAAUUGAAGUCUUAAAGAAUGAACCUUAUGAGAAGGAUGGAGAAAAGGGACAGUACACACACAAAAUUUAUCACCUAAAGAGCAAAGUUCCUGCAUUCGUGAGGAUGAUUGCUCCCGAGGGCUCCUUGGUGUUUCAUGAGAAAGCCUGGAAUGCGUACCCCUACUGUAGAACAAGUAAGCCUGGCCCCCAGCAGCCAUUGUACCCCUCCACCCUGAGAAUGAAAGGGAUUCCCAGUACCAUUGUCUUUGAGAAGGGUUACACUGAGCAAGGUCUUCCUUGGGUUCUUGGAUAGUCACUGCUAGAAUGAUGGCAGAGGAAGGGCUGCAUUGGGUUCUUCCCCUCAGAACUUUGUGACAGGCAUAAGUUCAUUCCCACAUGGCAGCCACUUUGGAGUCCUAGCUGACUAUGCUGGCUCCAGGGGUAAGCCAAAAGAAAGGUCGUUUACACUCAGAAGGGUGUUUUGGUGCGUUUCAACAGUAUUUUACUUAAAUUGCUACAUAAUAGAGGAGGAAUAGGACAGAGUUCUGAAACAGCAUCCUAUCAUUUGCUAAAUUGACCUUAUAAAUAAUGUUUUGCUUUUGUGACAUUAUUAUUCUUUUUAGCAUUAUUUUUAAAAUUAGAUUAUUCUUCAUAUUUUAUUUGUACUCCAUAAUCUAAUGUACUGUGUAGUGUCACUUGUGUAGAAACAGUUUUGCAGACAUAAAUUACCAAAUAAAUGUUCUGUUUUCAGAUAGUUUAGUCUUUGUGACAUUAAGUAUUGGGACAGAUUGUUUUGACUCCAAUUAAUAUUCUGAAAUUUUUCUCCUUUCAUUACCUACCUCUCCAUUAUGCCUCAGUUGUAACGGUGAGUAAAACUGUUUUUGUGUCUCAUACUUUCUUUAUCUUUAAACUUUGUUUUACACAGUAAUUAUUUUCAACCAUUCUUUGCUAACUGCCCCUCACUGCAUGGUUCCUUCCUGUGUCCCGCCAACCAGCCCCCAUACUCUACCACAUGUUCCCAGUGUUCAUGGGCCCUUUCCACCCUUGUCUCAAAAUUUCCCUAUUGAUUCUAUUUUGCUUUUGUUACUCCCUUCAAACGCCAUAUUUGUUUAUCAGACCUCACAGCUUCUUUAUUAGCCCAGUAUGCCGCGUGGCAAGUAGAAUUGUUUAUUUAAAAGCAUGCAGCAUUUGGUUUGCCUGACAAGUCUAUAAAAAUCGGUAGCUAAUGAUUCUUUGUCACUUGAGGAUCAGUCUCCUUGUAGAGUCAAAGCAUGGAUGCCUAUACUGGGAAAAGCUCCCUCAGACGUGGGCACCAAGGAACAGGUAGAAGAUCACUGUCAUUUUCCUGUUGUGUUUUCUGCAGAAUGAAUAUAUGAAAGAUGAUUUCUUCAUUAAAAUCGAAACAUGGCACAAACCAGACUUGGGAACAUUAGAAAAUGUACAUGGUUUAGAUCCAAACACAUGGAAAACUGUUGAAAUUGUCCAUAUAGAUAUUGCAGAUAGAAGUCAAGUUGAACCAGCAGACUACAAAGCUGAUGAAGACCCAGCAUUAUUCCAGUCAGUCAAGACCAAGAGAGGCCCUUUGGGACCCAACUGGAAGAAGGAGCUGGCAAACAGCCCUGACUGUCCCCAGAUGUGUGCCUAUAAGCUGGUGACCAUCAAAUUCAAGUGGUGGGGACUGCAAAGCAAAGUAGAAAACUUCAUUCAAAAGCAAGAAAAACGGAUAUUUACAAACUUCCAUCGCCAGCUUUUUUGUUGGAUUGACAAGUGGAUCGAUCUCACGAUGGAAGACAUUAGGAGAAUGGAAGAUGAGACUCAGAAAGAACUAGAAACAUUACGUAAUCAAGGUCAAGUGAGGGGAACAAGCGCAGCCAGUGAUGAGUGAAGAAGAAUCUGACCAGUAUCUUGCAGUGUUGACGUUUCCCAGAUGUGUGCUUGUGAUGAUACACACACAUGCACAGGUUCUCAACCACGUGUGUAUAUAUGUAUGUGUGCAUAUGUCUGUAGCUGUAUAUAAAGCGCAUGUAGAGCUACAGAUCCAGAUACACACACUUGUGUAUAUAUGUACAUACAGACAUACUGAAGGGAUUAGUACAAUUUCUCCAAAGUACUGUACCUAUCUUCAGCAAGAAUGCAAAAGAAAAUAUUUUCAAUAUAUAUACCUGGAACAGAUUUUAAUAAUUAUCAGAGUAAUACCAUUAAUGGACAAAUUGACUGCAAUGUAAUACUAGCUGGUAUGUUUCAUAAAUGUCAAGUUGUGGACCAACAUAUAUAGCCUUUUAUUAUUUUUCUCUUCUUUUAAGUCAGUCUCUUAUAAAUUUUUUUUUUAGUCCCAUAAGCAGUAGACUCCCACAGAAAAUUUCUUCAAAAUUUUUUGGUAUUCCAGUGAAUCUGGGAUGUAAACUCUGAAUGUAUUUAUAACUAUUUAUUUCUGGAUGGUCAUUAUCUUAUAGCCAAAUUUGACAAUAUAAAGUAAGGAGCAAAGUUACAGGCCAGUUUUUACUUGUUUGCCCUGAGGGAAAAAUCCUUUUAAAAAAAAAUUCUGGUUUUUAUUGGAUUUUUGUAUUUUAAAUUUCAAAUAUUUUUCUACAUCAAACCUAGCAAAAAUGGAGAUGAUGGUUUCUGAUUUAUAAUAAACACUAGACAAUUUUCAGGCUCCUGUUAGACAAACACAUUGAUGAAGAAAUUAGUCUUAAUAGGAUUGUAGGCUGUGUAGAAAAGCUGGAAAUAUAGCACUUCAUGGAGUCCUGUUUUGAAGAUGACAGUUUUCUGUAACUGCAGCUUGGAAACUAUGCAAAUGGUCUAGAUUCCUCGGAGCUCACAUGAUAGGAUAUAGUUAGUGAUGACAUUUUGCUCUUCUUGUGGAAACACACACUUCAAGGGGGAGAUGGUGACUUUGAGAUAGGAACAGUUUAAGAUGCAGUGUGAGUCUGGCCUGUGUGCAGUGAGGAGGCCCCGCCAAGAGGCUGGUGGACCUCCGACUGUGGGAUGUGCUCUCAAGUAGGACGUCAUCAGAACAGAUUCUGAAUAGGCAUCAUGAGAAUGCUGGUCAGAAACGGCUGCCACUUUUUUUAUUUUGUUUUAUUUUUUAUUUAAAGGAAGGAACAAUAGCUAGGUAAGAUUUUUAUCAGCUUUCUCUGUCUGAAUCCAGUUUUUCCUCUGUCAGUCCUGGAAGCUUGAAUAGAAUUAUAUUGUCGAAGCCUUCAGGUCACAAACUGUCUUUUUUAACCUCCUGUCCCUCCUAAAACACGCCAACCCCUGCAGUCAAAUCACAUUAGUAAUCUGAUUUGCUGACAGUCCUGCCCUGCCUGCUCCUCGUUUUCCCACAUGUCCUGCGUCCCUCCCCCACUGGAGUGAUUUCAGUGAAUCAGACAAGGAAGGAUGUGUAGGAUCACUACUGCAUUGCAAUACCCUGUUAUCCUCAGCAACAAAACCCACAUUUCAUACAUCCUUUGUGUACUCAGGAUAAAGACUGAUGUUUACUCUCUGGGCACUGUUGUAAGAUAGGUUUUGUCAGAGCAUAAUCAUUGUCUGCAAAGUGUUUGGUGCGAGGAAGAUUAUUGCUAAUUUUGUGAAAUAAAGAGUCUAGCCCUCUCCUUUUAAUGAACUUAACUCUCGCUGGCAUCUGUAGUAUCAUUGGGAGCUUAGGCGCACAUGGAAAUGAGAGCCCGGCGCAUGGAUUUUAAUGUUUUUCUAACAACUGUGGAGAUUUGAGGGAAUGUGUGGUGAAUGUAAAAUACCUAGUUUACUUGGCAGUCUCUUGUGUAAAUUACAGUAAAACAAAGUAAAUGAAAUUUAAACAAAAAAUAAAUUUGAUCACAAAAUGC